CCCAACGGCGCGGAACCUUACCGUUCCAGGCACAGCGUCUGAGUAGGCAGCGGGGCCUGGUAUGGGAUGGAGAAGGGGAGCGGGCGGGACAACCCGAGGGGAUGCUGAGGAUGAGACAGGCCCUUCUUCCAUCCCAGCCUCCCCCAACGUCACCAUCUCUCAGUUCCCGUCCAGGCCCGGCCCGGCUUUCCCCGCCAGCAGGGGAGCUCCAGGUGUAGGAAGAGACACAAUGGCAGCCACCGUCGGGAGGCAGAGGCCGAGGAGGCUAGCCUGUUGGGCCUUGAUGGCUGUGCUCUUGGCAGACCUGUUGGCACUGAGUGACACGCUGGCAGUGAUGUCUGUGGACCUGGGCAGUGAGUCAAUGAAGGUGGCCAUUGUCAAACCUGGAGUGCCCAUGGAGAUUGUCUUGAACAAGGAAUCCCGGAGGAAAACCCCAGUGACUGUGACCCUGAAAGAAAAUGAAAGAUUCUUUGGAGACAGUGCAGCAAGCAUGGCCAUCAAGAAUCCAAAGGCUACGCUGCGAUACUUCCAGCACCUCCUGGGGAAGCAGGAGAAUAACCCCCACGUAGCCCUUUACAGAGCUCGUUUCCCCGAGCAUGAGCUGGGCUUCGACCCACAGAGGCAGACUGUGUACUUCCAAAUCAGCCCGCAGCUGCAGUUCUCACCUGAGGAGGUCCUCAGCAUGCUUCUCAAUUACUCCCGUUCUCUGGCUGAAGAUUUUGCAGAGCAGCCCAUCAAGGAUGCAGUGAUCACCGUGCCAGCCUUCUUCAAUCAGGCUGAGCGCCGAGCUGUGCUGCAGGCUGCGCGCAUGGCUGGCCUCAAAGUGCUGCAGCUCAUCAACGACAACACUGCCACUGCCCUCAGCUAUGGUGUCUUCCGCCGGAAAGAUAUCAACAGCACUGCCCAGAAUAUCAUGUUCUAUGACAUGGGCGCAGGCAGCACUGUGUGUACCAUCGUGACCUACCAGACAGUGAAGACUAAGGAUGCAGGGAUGCAGCCGCAGCUGCAGAUCCGGGGAGUGGGGUUUGACCGCACCCUGGGGGGCCUGGAGAUGGAGCUCCGGCUGCGUGAGCACCUGGCCGGGAUUUUCAACGAGCAGCGCAAGGGCCAGAGAGCGAAGGACGUGCGGGAGAACCCCCGCGCUAUGGCCAAGCUGCUGCGUGAGGCCAAUCGACUCAAGACCAUCCUGAGUGCCAAUGCUGAUCACAUGGCCCAGAUCGAGGGCCUGAUGGACGAUGUGGAUUUCAAGGCGAAGGUGACUCGGGCAGAGUUUGAAGAGCUGUGUGCAGACCUGUUUGAGCGGGUGCCUGGGCCCGUGCAGCAGGCCCUGCAGAGUGCCGAGAUGAAGCUGGAUGAGAUUGAGCAGGUCAUCCUAGUGGGUGGGGCCACUCGGGUCCCCAGAGUUCAGGAGGUGCUGCUGAAGGCUGUGGGCAAGGAGGAGCUGGGCAAGAACAUCAACGCCGACGAGGCCGCCGCCGUGGGGGCUGUGUACCAGGCAGCGGCGCUCAGCAAAGCCUUCAAGGUGAAGCCGUUUGUUGUCCGAGACGCGGUGAUCUACCCCAUCCUGGUGGAGUUCACGAGGGAAGUGGAGGAGGAGCCUGGAGUUCGAAGCCUGAAGCACAAUAAGCGUGUCCUCUUCGGCCGGAUGGGGCCCUACCCUCAACGCAAAGUCAUUACCUUUAACCGCUACAACCAUGACUUCGACUUCCACAUCAACUAUGGUGACCUGGGCUUCCUGGGGCCUGAGGAUCUUCGGGUAUUUGGCUCCCAGAAUCUGACCACAGUGAAGCUAAAAGGUGUGGGUGAGAGCUUCAAGAAGUAUCCCGACUAUGAGUCAAAGGGUAUCAAGGCUCAUUUCAACCUGGAUGAGAGUGGCGUGCUCAGCCUAGACAGGGUGGAGGCAGUGUUUGAGACGCUGGUGGAGGACAGCCCAGAAGAGGAAUCUACUCUGACCAAACUUGGCAACACCAUCUCCAGCCUGUUUGGAGGUGGCACCACACAAGAUACUAAAGAGAAUGGUACCGACACUGUCCAGGAGGAGGAGGAGGGGCCUGCUGAGGGGAGCAAGGCUGAGCCUGGAGAGCAGGCAGAGCUCAGGGAGGAAGCUGAGGCCCCAACAGAGGACACCUCUCCACCCCCACCCCCUGAGCCUAAGGGGGAUGCAGCCCCUGAGGGAGAAGAGGCUGCAGAGAAAGACAACGGGGAAAAGCCUGAGGCCCAGAAGCCAAGUGAGAAGGGCGAGGCAGGGGCUGAGGGUGUUCCUCCAGCCCCAGAGGAAGAAAAGAAGCAGAAGCCAGCCCGGAAGCAGAGAAUGGUGGAGGAGAUCGGGGUGGAGCUGGUAGUCCUGGACCUGCCUGACUUGCGCCAGGAUGAGCUGGCCCGCUCGGCCCAGAAACUCCAGGACCUGACGCUCCGGGACCUAGAGAAGCAGGAACGGGAAAAAGCGGCCAACAGCUUGGAAGCAUUCAUCUUUGAGACACAGGACAAGCUGUACCAGCCUGAGUAUCAGGAAGUGUCCACCGAGGAGCAGCGUGAGGACAUCUCUGGGAGACUCCGUGCCGCGUCCGCCUGGCUGGAGGAUGAGGGCUUUGGGGCCACCACGGUGAUGUUGAAGGAGAAGCUGACCGAGCUGAGGAAGCUGUGCCAAGGCUUGUUUUUUCGGGUGGAAGAGCGCAAGAAGUGGCCUGAACGGCUGUCUGCCCUUGAUAACCUCCUCAACCAUUCCAGCAUGUUCCUUACGGGGGCCCGGCUCAUCCCAGAGAUGGACCAGAUCUUCACGGAGGUGGAGAUGACAACGUUAGAGAAAGUCAUCAAUGAGACCUGGGCCUGGAAGAAUGCAACCGUGGCCGAGCAGGCCAAGCUUCCUGCCACAGAGAAGCCCGUGUUGCUCUCAAAAGACAUCGAGGCCAAGAUGAUGGCCCUGGACCGUGAGGUGCAGUAUCUGCUCAAUAAGGCCAAGUUUGCCAAGCCCCGGCCCCGGCCCAAGGACAAGAAUGGGACCCGGGCAGAGCCUCCCCUCAAUGCCAGUGCCAGUGACCAGGGGGACAAGGUCAUCCCUCCAGCAGGCCAGACUGAAGAUGCAAAGCCCAUCUCAGAACCUGAGCAAGAGACUCGAUCUGAACCGGCAGACUCUGAACCUCUGGAGCUAGGGGGUCCCGCAGCAGAAUCUGAACAGAAGGAGCAGCCUACAGGACAGAAGCCAACUUUGAAGAAUGAUGAACUAUAACCCCCGCCUCCCAGUUCCCGGGUUCCCCACUCGUCCCUGCCCCCUUCUCUUACCACCUCUAUUUAUUAAACACCAAGGGCUGGGGGAGGGGUUGGUCCCGCCCUCAGAGGCUCAAGUUCCUCUUCUCUCACCUGUGAUGGGAGGUGUGGAGAAGGGGAAGGAAGGGACAGCUCACCAGUUCUUCUGGAGUAGUUCUGUGGUUAAAAUUGAAAUUGUUCUGUUCCCCAAUCCCACCUUCUGGUUCCCUACCCAUCCAGGCCCUAGUUUGGGAAAAAUCACUAUUAGGUCUUAAUUCUUCGCCUGUGGGUAGGUGAGAGGAUGGCCAUCGGUAGUUGGUUGACAGACCUGGUAGUGGGAAGGGUGUCCUGGCUUAUUAGAGGGUCUCCAGUCUUUUCUGGUCAUCCUUCCCUCCCUCCCUCUUCCACCACGAGAUCAAUGCCACACAGGCCAGUGUCUGCAGAGCCUUGGUUACCAGGUUUGAUUUCUGAGCGCCUGUCUGUGCUCUUGCCUCCUCCAAGGUUUUUUCUCUAAAAACCCCCGCCCCCAUGCCUCCUCCCCGUGGGUCUCCUUGGCUUCCUCUUGCAAGUUCGGCAGUCCUCUGCCUCUAGGCCAGAGCCCUUCCAUCUGGACUGCCUAAGUCAAUCUAGGUGGACUCCCACCCACACGUACAAGCCCCGGUGGCCAGAGUAGGCAGGGAGAAAGUGAAGAAGGGAAUCCAGCUGCCUCUCCAGGGAGUGAGAUGUGUGAAAACCCUGUAGCUCCCCAACCUGUGGACUCUUGGGCCUAGGAAAGCCGUGUGCAGUGGCUGGCACAGGAUGCCAGCGUCCUGCAAGCACUGUUGAAAACUGCAUCUUCCUAGUAGCCUGGUACUCCAUGGCCCUUUGACUUCCUGCCCCCAUUCUCUCCGCUCCUGUUCUGCCCUCUCAGACAGAGCCUUUCCUUCAUUUCCUGGCCCCCUGGGCUGACCAAAAUGUGCUUUCUACUGUGAGCCCCUGUCCUAAGACCCUGGGGGCAGGAGAGACCAUGGCGUGAAUGUAAAAAUGCCACCUCGCUCUAUUGGAGGCAGGCCUUGUGGGGGGAAGGAAGAGGGUACAGGCUGGCCUUUCUUAUUAAUGUGUUGCUCUGCUGGGAUGGGGGCCUUUUACCCACCACACCGAUGUUGGGCAGCCUGCCCUCCAGGAUCCCAUCUGUAGCAGGAGCCAGGGCUGCCACCCCAACUCCCAGGGCAAGGGGGAGCCUGCUUGUGUCUGUCUCCUGUGUUUUUUUCCUCUUUUUUUUUUUUCUUUUUUUUGCCACAUUGGCAGAAAUGUGACCCAAGUGUCCUACCCUGUCCUGUAUGUUUGAGUUGUUUCACUAGCAGUUGAGGCUGGUUGGACAGCUUUGAGUCAAGUUGUAUUUUGCUCCAUUGUUAAUUGAAAAGCUGUUUCAAUAAAAUAUUCUUUUCUACA